AUGGAGGACACAAAGAUUCACAAAUAUUUUGUAUUAAAAAUCUAUAAUCCAAUAAUUGCAGCAGUUAAAACAUAUAAAAGCUCUAACAAAAUUGUGAAGAUUGGUAGUAGCGAAGAGUGUGACUUGCAAAUAUUCUUGCCUUCUCUCCUGCCAAUUCACAUUGUUGUUGACUUUGAGAAACACAAAAUCACAGCCGUUGGAAAUAAUGUUCAUUGUGAUACAGUGCCUGUGUUGCAGGGAACAAGCGUCUCUUUCAAUAACGAUUCUGUCGUUCGAGUUCACAGCAUUUUCAUGGUAUUUCUUGUAGUCGAGUCACUUCAGAAAAUAGACGCGUAUGAUGCAAAGAUAACUUCUGUAGCCUCUAGAUUUAAAGAGUACUCGCCUGUACUUAAGAUCACACACAACACUGACACUUUGGGUAACAGUAUUGUGGAUGGGCGCAAAGCGGAGGAAAUGAAGCAGCAGAGUGAAAACAAACAGUUUUUGGAUAAUGUAUAUGAAAGGGAGCUGGGGGACUUUUCAAAAACUCCACCCAUUCACUCGUCAAGUAAGCAGGUGGAAAAACACGAGUGGAAAGAUAAAGGCAAUGAAGCUACUGCUAAGGUUGUAGACAAGAUGGCUGUAGAAAGGAUGAUGGUGGGAAGGACAGAGGAGGAGAUUAAAAAAGCAUUCAACAUCCAACCUUCGCCAGAGAUGUUGGAGGCAGCCAUACAUAGAAAGCUAGAAAAUCUACAGCAAGAAGCUAAUAAUGUGCUUGAUGGCGACAUAAAUAUUCCAAUAAACAAGCCUCGUCAUCCUGACUUGGGAGAAAUUGCCAUUGAUAACGAUUUGCUUCGCCAAGCGGAAAAGGACAUUAAGUCGGCCGGGCAAGAACUAACAAGAGAUAAGGUUCUAGAGGCGGAAGUUAAUUCGUUAGAAAAGUUGAAAAAUAACAUCACAGAUAAUAUUAAGGAAGAGAUACGUGAGGAAAUCUCAUAUAUCCUUCAAGAAGAAGCAAAAGACCAUGUUGAAAAGGCUGUGGAGAAGUGUCUACAGGCACCUAAAUUUACCCAAGUAAUUUCCAAAUCGGAAAACGAAACGAAGGAUGUUCCUAAGGGCCAGACUCGAAAGCAGGAAGAAAAGGGACUGGGCCCAAAUGAAUUGGAGGUUAUUAAGCAAGAGCCAAAUGGCGAGUUUGUGGCUAAAAGAAAAAAGAUGGCUGAGGAACAAAAACCCGAAAAUAUUUUGCCUUUUACAAACAAAACAGGAAAGUCAUUACCACGGUCUGAAAGCCAGAAUGGCAAAAAAGAGCCUAAGCAUACAGACAGCAAGGAGCUUAAGAAAAGUGGAAGUAAAAGCAAAAAGCAGGAUCAGGAAGAGCAUGGUAAGGAUGUUGAAAAGAAGUCAGGUAGACAAAAAGCCGAUAAAAAAGACGACAAGAUGAUUAAAAGUAGCAAGCCCAAUAAGAAGAAGCAUAACGAGGAAGAUGUGGAAGGGCAUGACAGUCAGGAUGAACCUAGAAUGACAGCGAAAAAGAGCAGAGAUAUGAAACAAGAUGGAAGUAAAGAUGAUAAAGACGCUCAUACAAAGUCUAGCCGCCAGAAGGAAACAAAAGGGAAUAAAGGUGGCACAGUAGUUGAAAAGAAACCUGAUAAUAAAAAAGAGAAUAAAAGGUCUGUCAAAAAGAGUAAGGAUGAUACACAGGACACGAAAAGAUUCGAUAAGGAGAAAACGAAUGCUAAUGUGAAAUCUGAUAGACAGAGAGAAUCUACGAAUAAAAAGACUGAAGACGAUAAAAAAAAUAAAAAGACAUCCGGAAGGCCAACCAGGAAGGCGGCUGUUGCUUCAAAAAAGAAGUAG